UUCCUUGAGCAGAAAAAAUUUGUUACUAUGGAUGUCCACGGUAACGACAAAAGAUGGCUUGUGACUCUGGUUACUUCAAAUAAGGUCGUAGCUCCAGUUUUACAGGAUGUCGUGAAACAAGGAAUGGACAAGCUGUAUGCUACCCUAGAUAAUUACCUUAAUGGCUUACCCACACCUUGCAGCCUACAAACACUGACCUAUGCAGAUGUAUGCCAUCUGGCAGCCACUCCAAGUCCUGCUUCUUCGCUUAAAGACCUAAAUUUCGGAAAUAUUAACAACAACUCUGGUGUUCAUGGAAAGACCAAAACGGCUUAUAACCACAAUGUAAACAGCCUAGUUGAUCUUGCCAAGCUUUAUCUUCCAUACUACCUUGCAGAAUUCUCGGCAUUCGACAAAUCUAUGGAUUUGAAUGCCGCUCUUAGACUAUUGGGAUGUAGGAAGUAUCCCGUACAAGUAUUCGUGUCUUCCGAUCCCUUGCACGAUAUUCAGCCGUUGGCAGAUGAUGUCAGAGAUAAUGUUAGGAAUCGGGGAAGUCAUUUUAAAGAGAGUGACUGGACCCAAAUCUUCUUUGACCAGUGCUUUGACAAGUUAAAGGCUCUGCUCCAAUAUCUGCCCCUGCUUCCCGCCAAAAAGAAGGAGCUUUUAGAUCAACUCUCUGCAUGGAAAACAGAAGGUUUCAAGCGGAUUGUUGACAAUGACGUCAAAGAUCUACUGGAAAAAUUUCAAAACGUCAAAUUUGCUUCAAUUAAUGACAAAUUGGACGACAUGCCAACUAGGGAGGAGAACGAAAGAGUGAUAGAAAAGCUGUCUUCCUUUCACACCAGUAUGAUGGAUAGAUUUGAUAGAAUGGAAUCCUUACUUCGAAAAUUUGGUCACAAGCUAGACGGCAUCAGCGUCAGUGCUAUAAAUCAGGAAGGUAGCAAGAGUGUUCACUCUUCAGAAUCAAGCGUCUUGUCUACAGACGCCACUUCUAAAGAAACCCGCCAAAUGAGUGAAAAGGCAAACAAUCCGGACUCGAAAUGCAAGCUUAGAGCUGAGAAUGCCAAGUUAUCAAGAGGGGCACUACACAAAGCUGCCAUCAACGGUCGAUGUAACGUCAUCAAAGCACUUCUUGAAAGUGGUGAAUUAGUCGACCAAACAGAUAAGUUUGGUUUGACGCCCCUUCACCUUGCCGCAUGGUAUGGUCAGGGAGCUGUUGUAAAACUCCUGUUACAGCACGGUGCAAAUGUAAAUGCUGUAGAUAGGUUUCAUAAAACGCCUUUACAGAAGGCUUAUCGCAACAAUCACCGAUACGUAGCUGCGCUGCUCCUGAGAAAUAAUGCGACUUCCAGUUACAACCAACCGCCUAGCCUCAGAUCCCUUUCAAGGAAAGCUAUCCUCCAUGAAGAUGCACGAUCCGGCUUCAAUCAACUGCAGGCGACUGUAUUUCAAGGAGACUAUGACACGCUUUGGAGUUUUCAUCCCUAUCUUGCGAAUCUUUUGCAAGAUAUGAACUCACAAAAAACAGGAAGCCAAGCAAAGGCAUUUCCUGGAAAAACUGCGUCAGAGAUUCUCUUGGCUCUCCAAGAUAAAGGAGAGGGAUAUGUUAAUAUAGGAGAACUGUACAAAGGCCAUGUUGAGAAGAUCGAUACAUUAACUGAGCUGCACUUGUGUAGAGACAACAAUGACGCAGAGAAGGCUGUCGAGCUUGUUCUAAACGAGAAGGUGGAUAUAAACAUUCCAGGAAAAAGCAACCGUACACCAUUGUUGUGG